UAAGACAAAAAACAUAAAUGAAGUUAUAAAUAAAAAUAAAUUAGUUGUUUUGCUUUUCCUUGUUCAAAAUUAAAGUCCUUUUGAGUUUGUUUUUGAUAUGCUUGGGGACCCACUAGCAGAAUUACUGAGUGACAAUAGUCUGGAAAAUGAGCAAUUCUUUGAAAGUCAAACAAAUGUUACAAAGAAUAUAAGAAAACCAGCUAAUAAGGUAAUGGAUGAUCUGCUUGGAACAAAAGAAGAACUCUUUCAACUUACACCUAAGUCAUCAAGUGGUAUAAUCUCAAGCUCUGCCAAAAAAUCUGCUUCUGAAAAGACUUUAGUAGGAAUGGACGCUGCAGAUGAUGAUUUGGGUUUUGAUCCUAGAAAACCUAAAGCUGUUGGUAAGAGUAAUAUAUUGGAUGAAUUAUUAAAUGUAACAGAAAGUAAACGUCCCAAUUCUGCGUUAACGAGGCCACCAGUGUCAAGACAAUCAACCGACACAACGACAGAUAACUCAAAUCUUUGGCAGUUUCAAGCACGUCCAAAAACAUCUGGAGGUCGAUAUAGUUCAGGCACGUCAAAUCAACAAAAUUCAAAUUUAUUAAAUCUUUUCAAUAACGAAUCCAAAGAAAAAGAUUCUAAUGUAACAAGAAGGAAAGUAGGCACAGUGGACUGGUUGGGAAUCAACACGGAUGCAGAGGAAACAACGAAUAAACGUGUAGAGACUGCAGAGCGUCCUGUAAAAUCAGCUAAACAGCAACAGAGUGAAUUUACAAAUUUUUUGAAGGUGGUGGAAACCGAUGCAGAACCUGAACCACAUACACAUAAUACUGACAACGAAAGUAAAGCACCAGAGGAGUUCAUAGCCGAUGCGUCAGCUAUUAAUAUAUUUCAAGCUGUGAACUUAGAAACGAAGAAGUCUCUUACUGCAUUGCAGCAGCAGGAGUCACAGUUGUCAUUAGCAGCUCAAAUAAAAAAUCAAGAAACGGUUUUAACGGAUAUGCAACGUAAGCAAGAGACUCUGUUACAGCAACAACAACAACAAUUUCAGCAAUUAUUGACUCAACAAGUAGAACGUCAACAGUAUAUGGAGGAACACAUAAGAAAACAGCAAAAACGCAUUAAUGCACAGAUCGAACUGAUGAUGGCAUUGCCUAAUAAAGAAUCUUCCAAACUAUAUAAUAAUGAUGAAAAAGAUUUUGGCGAUUCUUCUGGUAAUAAGGUAUCUGCAGAAAAUGUGCGCGAUGACACGACAAAAUUUGAUGUGGUGCAAUUAGAGUCAGAAAUGAAACGCUUAAGUUUGGAAAAAUUGCGUUUGGAAGAAUUGGUGGAGGUGAUCAAAAGUAAUAACGACAAAGAAUUAGAAAUAACGGAACAGUCCUAUAAGAAACAAUUAAGUGUUUUGGAAGAUCAUCUUGCUGUGGUGGAAUCCCGGUUCGAGAGUGAUAUAAAUUUACAAGAAACUUAUUAUAAAAACAAGAUCGAGCGGUUGAAAGAAGAAAAAGAGACUUUAAGAUCCGAAUAUGAAGUAACUAUUGCUUCUUUAAAACAACAACACGAAGACACAAUAAAAAAGUUGAGAACGCUUCAUGAAGGCGAUAUAGACUUGUUGAAGGAUGAGCAUCGGAGGAUGGUAGAAUCUAUAAGAGAAGCCAAAAUGCUUGAGUUUUCAACUAUACAUGAAAGCAACAACUAUUUAGACACGUUAAAGGUGGCUUCGAACAAAUUAGAUAAUGUGAGUGGUGGCUUAGUGGGCUUGCGUGACGACCUUCAUAAGAAAAUUGAAGUACUACAGUUGGAAAAGGAAAAACAUUUAGAAUUGCGGGAAAAUAAAUUGAACGAUGCAGAGAGACGUUUGAAAAUUAUUGAAGAAGCUGCGGAUGCAGAUAAACAAAGGCUGAUGGAUCUAGUCAGUACACUUGAAAUGCAAUUAUCAAAGAUUUCGAAGGAGUCAUCCGAAGAAAAUUGGCAAUUAAGACAGAAAUUGUCUGCAAUAGAUGCUGAGAAAAUUGCAUUCGAACAUGAAAAAGAAUUUUUCCGGGAGCAAAUGAUAAGGGAUGAAAAAAGAAUCAACGAAUUGAAAGAUUUCCAAAUUGCUGAAGCGCAAAAAAUAGCUGUUGGCCUACAAGAGGAGCGUUCGCGUUUGCAGAUUGAACGUACAAAAAUAGAAACAGAAAAAAAGCUACAGUUACCCAAUGAUUUUGAAAACCAUCGCUUAGAACUGGAUUCUUCAAUGCAAGUAGCCGCAGAUGCCAUCAAACAAGCUGAUGCCGAGCGAGAACGUUUCCACAAAAUGCAAAAGCAGUUGGAACACCAGAGGAGAACUUUGAUACAGAAAGAAAACGAAUUGCGCGAACGGGAAGAACAAUUGGAGCAAGAGUUGAGUGCUUAUUGUAUAGCGGAGAGAAAGUCUCAAGAAGCUCUACAGAAAGCACGUUUAACCGAACAAACUUUUCAAAAACGACUCCAAGAUUUGCAGCAGCGUUUAGUUGAAGUUAGUGAAAAAGAAGCGAACCUAAGUCAAGAACGUUUACUAAUGUCCCAAGAACGCAUUUCUCUGCAAUCGAUGAAACAAAAAAUGCUCUCAUAUAAUUGUCCUCUUUGUAAAAUAAAUGAAACCAAUGAAAUAAAUCAAUUCCUACCUCUGACGACUGACAAUAAUCAAAGCAGCACACGCGAUGAAGUUCCCACUGACACGGAUUUGCCGAAUUUCAGUGCUCUUUUGGAAAGCCAAAGCAACAUUGUGGACCGCAUUUUAGACGAAAAUAUAGCAAACUCAUUGCGAAAAAUGAGAAAUUUCACAGGAAGCAACUUGGAUUUUUGGACACAAUCCGUUUUAGAUGAUGACACUAAAAACUUAGCUUUACAGAAUAUUGAUGCUACCUCAGUCACAUCUAAAGACGAAAGUAAAGUGUAAUAU